AUGACAUCUUCAAAACCUGACAGUGUUCUUGUCUGGAUGGCUAACCGUGGCAGCUACGUAGAAAGCAUGCCAGGAACGAUUCUUCGAAUCAAAAACGCAUCGAAAUUCGGAGAGAAUCUUUACGGAUUCAAAGACCAGCCAGGAGAUCUUGUAGACAUUCAAUGGGAGUCUUUAUUCAAACUGAGACCAACACUGGUUGAGAUUGAUUUUGGAAGAAAUCCUUGCGAUUCGCUGGUCAACGUGCUCGAGGAAAAUUAUGAGGAUGAACAGAUUCGCGAAUUCUUCAAAAAUGUGAAAGCAAUGUCUCUGCAUAUGACCGAUAUUUCUUCAGGCAAUCUUUUGAAACUGCUGAGAAAAUUCACUCUUCUUGCCGCUUUCUCCUUCUCUGAAACCAAAUUCCAAAAGCCAGAAUGGGCAGAAAUUCUGAAGCGAUUGGCUGAACUGAACCUACGUGGAAUAGAACUAGCGGAUAAUAUUCUAGAAGAAGUUCUCCAGAAUCUAGAUGUAUCUCUGAUAAAAUUAUCUGGAAAUCCAGGUGUCAAUGUGAAUGAAUUCAAAAAAGGCAUCGAAUUCGUAACUGUGAAGGCGCUUGCAGUUCAGGAACUGCAGUUUUUGGGAGAGACUGAUGCUGAAGAGUUACUUGAAGUUCUGUCACAGUCGUUCCCGCGUCUUCAAACUCUCAUCUGGGAUUGGAACGUGGUUGAUCCAGAACUCAAUUUCGACGAUCGAACUAAAAAUAUCCUGAAGCAACUUCUCAGUGUCCACGAAAAGUUAAACCUUGGAGCACUGGCAGUUGUUGCCUAUACACCGAAUGCGGAUACCAAAGCGUCAAUGGCAAAAGUCGCGAGAACGCUGAAAGUAGCCAUAAAGGGUGUUCAGUUACAUCAGUUUGCCACGAAAGGACUCUCCGAUGGAAUGGCAAACUUCUCAUUGAUAGUGGCUGGAAACAACGAGAAAGUUGUCAAGGAACUCAUUGAAAUGUACAUGGUUGAUCGGUCGACAAUGCCACCGAUGGGAAAACUUCUCCGUCUUUGUGAAGAGGAUAUUGUCCCAAUUUAUCCGGCAAUCACAAUGGACUUUGGAGGAUUCGAUAAAGCUCGUAUUCGACAAUUGUACACAAGUCCAUCGGAUUAG